AUGAUGAGCACGGAAUUCUGGCCUGACUAUGAUUAUAAAACCGUGGGGAAGCUGAUUCUCGAAGAUGACACCGAGUUCGUAGGAUACAGUGUUGGGUACGAAGGGUGCAAAGAAGAAGAGAAAGCUGCUCCAAAGAAGGAAGACACGAAAAGAAGUAUUUCUGACCAAGUGCUGGAAACAAAAAACUACUUGAAGGAGGAUGUGUUAUUUAAAAAUAGUAAAAUUGAAAAUGAUGAUUAUAUAGUAACGGGAGAAGUUAUAUUCAACACAGCUAUGGUUGGGUACCCAGAAGCUUUAACGGACCCGAGUUACUUUGGACAGAUACUUGUAUUAACAUUUCCAUCCAUUGGAAAUUAUGGCGUGGAAAAAGUACAACAUAAUAAUUUUGGGUUGGUGACAAAUUUCGAAAGCAAUAAAAUACAAAUUCAAGGGUUAGUAAUAUGUGAGUACACAAAAAAGUCGUACCAUUAUAAUUCGUUUAUUACACUAAGUGAGUGGCUCAAAUUGUAUAAAGUGCCGUGCAUAGGUGGAAUAGAUACCAGGGCCUUAACAAAAAUUUUGAGAGAGAAAGGAAGCAUGUUAGGGAAAAUUGUGAUUUAUAAAAAUGCAAAAAAUGUAAAUAAGCUAUAUAAAGAAAUAAGCUUAUUUGACCCAGGACAGAUCGACACCAUCAAGUAUGUAUGUAGUCAUUACAUUCGAGUUAUAAAAUUGGGGAAAGUAAAUUAUUAUAACAAUUGUAAGAGUAAAGAAGAUUCGAAAGGGAUAAAUGAUACCAAUGAUUAUUCCCCCGAGGAACAAGAAAAUUGUAAUAACAGCCUUAUGCAUAGCAAUAGCUAUAAUUACCAAAGUAUUUCUUCAUUCGAAAAAAUGGACUCUAACAAAAAUUUAAAUCAGCAUUCCUUGCUAAGGGAUAGAAUGAAUCUUUUGGUCUCAUCAGAAGAGAAUAUUGAUCAUUGUAGUGGCUACCAGGAGUAUAGCACCCAUGGGGGAAAGAAGGAUGCGUUUUUUAACCUACGUGGUGCAUGCGAAUAUGAUAAGUAUUUAAUAGAUUUGGAGGAAAAUUCCUUCUUCCACGAUGGCAAUGUGGACGAGUAUGGCCACUACGAUGUGGAGAUGAGUCUGCAUAAGAGUGGACUGAGUGGUGCGGGAAGGAAGGUGUGUACCGCGAAUGGAAAAGAUGAGCAUGGCGCCACGCAGGAUGAGGCAACCUUCAACCUCAAUAAUGACUACUCCACGUACUUAAAAAAAAAACUGAAGAAUGAGGAAUUUCUCAAGCUUGUGAACAAGAGAAAAUCUGACACGGAAAAAAUUAUCGUUGUUGUAGAUUGCGGGAUUAAAAACAGUAUAAUAAAGAACCUAAUGAAAAAUGGCAAAGACUUACCCUUGACGUAUAUCAUUGUGCCAUAUUACUACGACUAUAACAGUAUAGAUUACGACGCAGUUUUGCUGUCCAACGGUCCAGGGGAUCCCAAAAAAUGUGACUUUUUAAUUGAAACAUUGAAGAAAAGCUUACAAAAAAAUAAGCUCAUAUUUGGUAUCUGCUUAGGUAAUCAGCUAUUGGGUAUUUCUCUCGGAUGCGAGACGUACAAAAUGAAGUACGGGAAUAGAGGGGUAAACCAACCCGUUAUCCAACUGGUAGAUAACAAAUGUUACAUAACAUCGCAAAAUCAUGGGUACUGUUUGAAGAAGAAAAGUAUACUGAGAAGGAAGGAGUUGGCCAUUAGCUACGUGAACGCGAAUGACAAAUCGGUAGAAGGAAUUACCCACAAGAAUGGAAGAUUUUACAGUGUUCAGUUUCACCCUGAGGGGAAUAACGGACCAGAAGAUACUUCCUUCCUUUUUAAAAAUUUCCUCAUAGAUAUAUUUAACAAAAAAAGAGAAUUUAGGGAACAUAUCGGACAUAACAUAAUUUACAUAAAAAAAAAAGUGCUUCUCCUUGGUAGCGGUGGACUAUGUAUAGGGCAAGCAGGAGAAUUUGAUUACUCAGGAACUCAGGCUAUUAAAAGUUUGAAAGAGUGUGGCAUCUAUGUAAUUUUAGUGAACCCUAAUAUUGCCACGGUGCAAACGUCGAAGGGGUUAGCGGAUAAGGUAUAUUUUUUACCCGUGAAUUGCGAAUUUGUAGAAAAAAUUAUAAAAAAGGAAAAACCCGAUUUCAUUUUGUGUACCUUUGGUGGGCAAACUGCGCUGAACUGUGCACUCAUGUUGGAGCAGAAAAAAAUUCUGAAAAAAAAUAAUUGCUUAGCUCUGGGGACAUCCUUAGAAUCCAUUAUGAUAACAGAAAAUAGGAGCAUGUUUGCAGAAAAGCUGCGAGAAAUUAAUGAAAUUAUAGCCCCUUAUGGAAGUGCUAGAAAUGUAGAACAAGCCAUUGAAGUGGCUAACAAAAUUGGGUACCCCAUAUUAGUACGCACGACGUUUUCCCUAGGAGGACUAAACAGUAGUUUCAUAAAUAACGAAGAGGAGUUAGUGAAAAAGUGCAAAGAAAUAUUCCUGCAAACGGAUAAUGAAAUAUUUAUAGACAAGUCAUUAAAAGGAUGGAAAGAAAUAGAAUACGAAUUGUUAAGAGAUAACAAGAAUAAUUGUAUAGCAAUUUGUAACAUGGAAAAUAUAGAUCCUCUGGGUAUCCACACAGGAGACAGUAUCGUGGUUGCUCCUUCUCAGACCCUGAGUAACCACGAAUAUUAUAAAUUUCGUGAAAUAGCCCUGAAGGUUAUCACUCACUUGAACAUUAUUGGGGAAUGUAAUAUUCAAUUCGGUAUUAACCCUAAAACGGGAGAAUAUUGCAUUAUCGAGGUGAAUGCCAGACUGAGCAGAAGUUCAGCACUUGCGUCCAAGGCUACAGGGUACCCAUUGGCUUACAUAUCUGCUAAAAUAGCGCUUGGAUAUGAUUUGAUUAGCUUAAAAAAUAGUAUUACCAAGAAAACUACUGCUUGUUUUGAGCCUUCCCUUGAUUACAUAACGACAAAAAUUCCAAGGUGGGAUUUAAACAAAUUUGAGUUUGCCUCGAAAACAAUGAAUAGCAGUAUGAAAAGUGUUGGUGAAGUUAUGUCCAUAGGGAGGACCUUUGAAGAAUCCAUACAGAAAUCGCUUAGAUGUAUAGAUGAUAAUUACCUAGGGUUCAGUAACACAUAUUGUAUUGAUUGGGAUGAGGCAAAAAUUGUGGAUGAGUUGAAGAACCCAUCUCCAAAAAGGAUAGAUGCAAUUCACCAAGCUUUUCAUUUGAACAUCCCAAUGGAAAAAAUUCACGAACUGACGAAUAUAGAGUACUGGUUUUUACACAAAUUUUACAACAUUUUUAAUUUGCAAAAUAAGCUAAAAACGUUAUCGUUGGAACAGCUCUCCUUUCAUGACUUGAAAUAUUUUAAGAAGCACGGAUUCAGUGACAAGCAAAUUGCUCAUUACCUCUCCUUUAACAAUCCAAAGGUUACUGAAGCGGGUGUCAUGAGGUACAGAGAAAGCUUAGGACUACAUCCGCACAUAAAAGUUAUUGAUACCCUAUCUGCUGAAUUUCCAGCCUUAACUAAUUAUUUGUAUUUGACGUACCAAGGAGUUGAACAUGACGUAUUGCCUCUUAACAUGAAGAGGAAGAAAAAAUUGUCUACGGAGCAUUACGCGAAAAAGGGGAAUAAGGCAGGAAAUUGUGUGUACCCCCCUCAUAUUUCUUCUGACAUGCAGGAGAAGAAUGUGGUGAAGCAGAUGCAGCUGGGUUGUGAUGAGAAUGUUUAUGACGAGCCAUUUGAUAACGAUAUAGAUGUGACUUUCAUGAGUACAAAGAUGGAAGGAACUGUAGGGAAAAACGACAAGAUGAUCGGUUCAUGCCCAUUUGGAGGUUUUAAAAGGGAGGAGGGUCCCGAGGGAACACAAAUGAAUGUACAUGCGAGUGCGUCCAAUCAACUGCUUAAUAAAGACGGGAAAGAGGAGAAGAGCAUAGGAUCAGACGAAACGAAUGUAUUUAGUGUGAAAAAUGGUUCAAAUAAUAUUUCCAUGCCCAGUGCUCAUAACAUCGCCGACAGUACAAUGGUGAAUAAAGACCCACAAAGUGCCACACAGGAGGGGCAAGACAGCAAACACAUCAAAGGAUACAGUGCAAAUUACACAGGCAAAGAUGGCUGCAAUAAGAAAUUGCAAAAUAGCGAAGCAUUGAUGAAUCAUAGAAUGGACGACAUCUCAAACAAAAGUUCGCACUCGACUAAUGAUCAGUUGUACUUGGAAAAUGUGAACACAUCAGAUGAAGAAAUGACCAACAAAAAUGGAAAUGCAUAUUACAUAUCAAAGAAGAAAAUGAACUUUUCAGAUAGUAAGGGGACAGGAAGUCUGUACUACGUGGAGGACUCCGUGUACAAUAAUGAAUACAAAAUGAGCAAAAUGAAAGAGUUAAUUAAUAGCGAGAACACGGACAGUAAUGACAGUCUGCAGUUUGAGCAGCGUGGAUUUGUUGUGAAAUCGGGACAAGUGGGAGCACAAUUCAGGGCAACUGCCGCAGGUGAAAAUUCUAUUGCGAUGCAUGUCCCGCACUAUACUGGCCGUAAGGUGAAUUUGGGUAAAGGGGACAACCUUCAUCAUUACGAAACUGAAAGGGAAAGAAGCAAAGGAAGGAGUAGCAAGGGAAAAAGGGAGACCAAACUGAACAACAAUGGUAUAAAUUUGGAUGAUAGUAACAGCGACUGCUUCUCCGAAUUGUCGUACUUGCGCCAUUGCACCAAAUCAAGUGAUGCAGAAAAUGACGACAUUGACGAUGAUGACGAUGCUUAUUACAAUGGGGGGGAGGACGUGUACACGUGCAGCACAGAUAAUGGCCUCUUUGAUGAAUAUGCAGAAUCGUACAACACUUUUUCUUCUAAGGAAUCUGAAGGAUCGUCCAUAUAUUCCGAGAGUGAAAACAUCUUUAGCAAAAAAUUUAACGAUAUUGGUUUUAAGAUAAUUCAUGAUAGGAAUGAAGAGGAGAAAGAAAAGAAAAAAUGUUUCAUUGUGUUAGGAUGUGGGUGCUAUAGAAUUGGUAGCUCAGUCGAAUUUGACUGGAGUGCAAUCCAUUGCGUAAAAACGAUUAGGAAAUUAAACCACAAGGCAAUCCUAAUAAACUGCAACCCAGAAACGGUCAGUACAGACUACGACGAAAGUGACAGAUUGUACUUUGACGAAAUUAGCACUGAAGUUAUAAAAUUUAUUUACAACUUUGAAAGGAGCCACGGUGUUAUAAUAGCGUUCGGAGGACAGACAUCCAACAAUUUGGUGUUCAGCUUGUACAAGAAUAAUGUUAACAUUUUAGGGACAAGUGCAAAGAGUGUAGAUUGCUGCGAAAAUAGAAACAAAUUUUCCAACCUUUGUGAUUCUUUAAAAAUAGAUCAACCCAAAUGGAACAAAUUUACCAAACUUUCUAAAGCUAUACAAUUUGCAAAUGAGGUGAAGUUCCCGGUUUUGGUGAGGCCGUCAUAUGUCCUCUCUGGCGCCGCCAUGAGAGUUGUAAAUUGCUUUGAAGAAUUAAAAAAUUUCCUCAUGAAAGCGGCAAUCGUUAGUAAGGACAAUCCGGUGGUCAUUUCUAAAUUUAUUGAAAAUGCGAAAGAAAUAGAAAUUGACUGUGUGAGCAAAAAUGGGAAAAUUAUAAAUUAUGCCAUUUCGGAGCACGUCGAAAAUGCAGGUGUACAUUCAGGAGAUGCCACUUUGAUACUUCCUGCACAGAAUAUUUACGUAGAAACACACAGAAAAAUAAAAAAAAUUUCGGAGAAAAUUUCCAAAUCGUUGAACAUUUCUGGACCCUUUAACAUUCAGUUCAUUUGCCACCAGAAUGAAAUAAAAAUUAUUGAAUGUAAUUUGAGGGCGUCUCGAACUUUUCCUUUCAUUUCCAAAGCCCUAAAUCUGAACUUUAUCGAUUUAGCUACCAGAAUUUUAAUGGGUUAUGAUGUGAAGCCAAUUAAUAUAUCCCUCAUAGAUUUAGAAUACACUGCUGUGAAAUCUCCCAUAUUUUCCUUCAACCGACUGCACGGAUCUGAUUGCAUCCUGGGUGUAGAAAUGAAGUCCACUGGAGAAGUCGCAUGUUUUGGUCUGAACAAAUACGAAGCUUUGCUAAAGUCCUUGAUAGCCACUGGCAUGAAAUUACCAAAAAAAUCUAUCCUCAUAAGUAUUAAAAAUUUAAACAACAAGCUAGCCUUUGAAGAACCAUUCCAGCUGCUUUUCCUAAUGGGGUUUACCAUUUACGCAACUGAAGGAACGUACGAUUUUUAUUCGAAAUUUCUGGAAUCCUUUAACGUUACCAAGGGAUCCAAAUUUCACCAGAGACUCAUCCGAGUGCAUAAUAAGAGCUCAGAAAAUCUGAUGCCCAACAUUACCGAUUUGAUCAUGAACCACAAGGUAGAAAUGGUUAUCAAUAUUACGGAUACGCUUAAAACCAAGGUCAGCUCUAAUGGAUAUAAGAUAAGGCGUCUCGCCUCAGACUUCCAGGUGCCCCUGAUAACGAACAUGAAGCUGUCCUCGCUGUUCAUAGACUCCCUGUACAGGAAGUUCUCUCGCAGGAAGGAGAAGAAGCCCUUCUACACCAUUAAGAGCUACGACGAGUACAUAAGUUUGGUGUAG